UGGUGCCACCCCAUCUCUGUCUUUCUUUCUCUCUCCCACACACGCACAUACAUAUAUUUAUAUAUAUAUAUAUAUAUAUAUAUAUAUAAACCAACACACACACAAAACCUUUCAUUCAUAUUUCUCUCUCACUAUUUCCACUUGUACGGUCCCUAAAGAUUCCCUCUUUAACAAGAACUAGAAGAAGAGAGAAGAGAUUUAAAAAAAAAAAAAAAGAUUUAGCAAAGUGAAAGGUUUUCUCUCUCAGAGAUGGAGAUGGAGAUGAAGUCAGAGACGUGUGGAAACGGAGAGAUCAUGUUGUUUGGGGUGAGAGUUGUGGUGGACUCGAUGAGGAAGAGCGUGAGUAUGAACAAUCUCUCUCAGUAUGAACAGCCUCAGCCUCAGCCUCAGCCUCAACAACCUCAUCAAGAUGGAGAGGCUUCCAAUAAUAGUAGCAAUAAGAUUCAAUCCAAAGAUGAUGUUGCUGCUGGUUACGCCUCUGCCGACGACGCCGUCCCUAGCUCACGCGCCACCCGUGAACGUGAACGUAAACGAGGCGUGCCAUGGACAGAGGACGAGCACAAGCUAUUCCUGCUGGGAUUGCAGAAAGUAGGGAAAGGAGAUUGGAGAGGAAUAUCUAGAAACUUUGUGAAGACUCGCACGCCAACCCAAGUUGCAAGUCAUGCUCAGAAGUACUUUCUCCGCCGUACCAACCUCAAUCGCCGCCGCCGCCGAUCGAGCCUCUUUGACAUCACCACUGAUACGGUCACAGCAAUUCCAAUGGAAGACGAACCAGGGUAUAACAAUCAAGAUAAUGUGUCGAAUUCACAUUCAUUGCCACCUCCACCGCCUGAAACAUGCAAUUUUAGUGGCUAUCCUAUGAUGCCUGCAUUUCCAAUGACUGUUGGGCCAGCUGUGGUUCCAGUUCCCAUUGAGAACCCAAUGGAAAAUCUAAGCUUAGGACAGGGGAAUCUGGAUAUCAAUGCAUCAUCAAAGCUUGUCCGUCCAAUUCCUAUCCAUAAGGCUACUCAUGCCGCAACCAUAACGGACCUUAACUUGAAUUGGAAGUCGGCUACUGAUCCUUCACCAUUGACUCUCAAGCUGUCAUUGACAUCUGAUCAGAGGGAGUCACCGUCGAGGCAUCCUUCAGCUUUCCAAGCAAUGCCAAACUUCAACAAUGGGGAUAGUAUCAUCACUGUUGCUUGAGAAAAAUAUUAAAUAUGGGGGGAAUGGUUGAUAAUUAGUGCAGGUUUCUUAGAUCAAUUUAUCUUUCUAGAAGAAAAAAAAAAAAAAGAGAAUGGGUUAGAGAUGACAAGGUAAUUAGAUGACUGAAUUUGUCCUUGUUUGUUUUGUACAGACCCAGAAACUGUCAUGUCAUUUUCUUUGUUGUUGGUUUAUGCUAUUAUCUUAGAUUCGCGUUCCUUU